CUUGAAACGCGAAUGUCGACUAGCGGUGCGUUGCCAACGGCACCGGAAGUAGGAAGCCGGAAGCUGCUGGGGAGAAAGGAAAAUGGCGGCGCUGGCGUCAGACGCUUGGCUGCUGCGGGAGGGGAGUAAAUCAGUUGUGAAAGACUGCAUAAGAGUUAGAGAUAAAUAGAAGAGUUCAAAGAAGCACCAGUACAUAGUUGUAUGCUGCCAUCACCAGCGCCCCAUAGUAGGGGCAGCAGAGAGAGAGUCUAUGGAUGACCUCACGUUUCGAAGUGAUCUUGUUCUCUCCGACGUCCACCUCCACACCCCUCGCCAGAGGCACCUUAUGGUCAGACUGAAUGCAGUGGGCCAGCCAGUAUUUCUCUCGCAGUUCAAACUCCUUUUGGACAAAAGUCAUUUGAGCUCUGAGAACAAAGAGAGAGACUUUAAAAAAGAAAACGUCAGACACCAGAACAAAUGCCUAGACGGAUUAAAUGCAGAGCGUAGCACUGGAAAGGAAGGAAGCCCUCGGGAAGAAACCGCAGCUUUGUUGGAUGAAGACGGGGACUUGGAGGUUGUCCGGAAGCCCCAGUUGCUUGAUGCAGAAGCAGAGAAUUGUUCGAGGGACAAGGUAUGUCCCAUCAUUUUGACAAGAGGUGGCAACGUCUUAGAAGAAGAGGAGGAGCAAGGAAAUGGCUGCUCGGAUCUUGUUAAAAUAGAGCACACCAUGGCAACCCCUUUAGAAGAUGUGGGCAAACAGGUGUGGAGAGGAGCCUUCCUCCUUGCAGACUACAUCCUCGGCAAGCCAGACCUGUUCAAGGAUCGUGCGGUGCUAGAGCUUGGGGGUGGCGUCGGCUUGGUCAGCAUUCUCGCGGCCAAGGCUGCCCAGAGCGUUUAUUGUACAGAUGUUGGUGAAGAUCUUCUGGACAUGUGUGAACGCAACAUAGCAUUAAACAAGCAAUGCACUGGACCAGCAGGAAGGAAAGUUAAGGUCCGAGUGCUGGACUGGCUGAAAGAUGAAUUCUGUAUGGAUCCUGAUGCUCGCCACAGUUGGUCUGAAAAAGAGAUUGCUGAGCUGUAUGAUCUCACCACUGUGAUCUUAGCUGCUGAUGUAUUUUAUGAUGAUGAUCUGACCGAUGCCUUUUUCAGAACGCUGUACCGCAUCACCCACAACUUGAAAAACCCUUGCACCGUCUACUUGUCGAUAGAAAAGAGGUUCAACUUCACCUUAAGACACAUGGACGUUGCCUGUGAAGCCUACAGUCACUUCCAAGAGACCUUGAAUGACCUGGUGAAUAUCAAAGACGGCAAAAUGACCUACACUGUGGAGUCUCUUCCGCUCUCCUUUCCUCAGCAUAUUCUUUACGAGCGGGUUGAGGAGCUGGAGUUGUGGAAGAUUACUGCUGAUGUGGCUUCUGAAAGAAGCAGGCCCCCUGAGACUGAGAGGAGACAGGAAGAACUUUGUACAGAAUAACUCUCCUGUAAGGCUUUGCCCAAAAUGUAUAGAUCCCAACAGCCAAAAUGAUUUUGAGGGGUGUGUGUGUGUGUGUUUACAAGCAAAUUAAAUGCAUAGCAGCAA